UCUAAUCAUUUCACAAUUCACAUCUCUCUCAAUCUCUCUCCCUAAUCUCUGCUAAAUCAAAGGUUUAAUUUGUUGAAAAUGGCGAUCAAAGUGUUUCUACUCUUAACCCUCUUCGCCACCGCGUGCUUAGCACAAUCCCCAACUCCCGCCCCCAAAAUCUCUCCCUCAGCCACCCCAACGCCGUCGCCCACGGUGGCGCCGCCAACACCCACUCCGGCGCCGGCGCCGGCGACUCCUUCACCUUCUCCGGCCCCAGUGACCUCCCCAACCCCGGCUCCGGCCCCGAGCACCCCCGAAACCCCGGCCCCGGCCCCCGAAGUCUCUUCUCCUUCCCCAUCCGUCUCCUCGCCGCCCGCUCCGGGGCCGGUAGGUGCGGCGGCGCCGGCGCCGGCCGAUCAGCCAUCGGCCGACAACACUCCGCCGCCGAACGGUGGCUCCAGAGUCGUAAUUGGCGGAGCUGCUCUCGCCGGUGUACUAUUCGCUUUUGCUUUGAUAUAAUGCGGAUAAGUAGAUCGAUUUAUCGGUGGUGUUCAUUGGCGGCGGCGAUUCCGGCGAGGCUACUUUUAUCUCUCUCAUUUAUUUAUUAUUGCUUAACAUCAGUGUUGUGAGUACGUUAGAUUAAUUUGUCGUGUUUCCUUUGCAUUCUACUUUCGAUCAUUUGAUGUUACGACAUUUUCGUAUGUAUUGAGAUUCCAUUCGAUUCGCCCCAUUUAUUUGUAUGAAAGAAGAUUUUUAUAUUUAACUUCAUCAUUUAUUUUUAA